GAUAACCCUCACCCUCGUCUCUCUCCUGAACGGCGUCCCACGGCGGACAUCGCUCUCUCCCCUCUCUCCCUCCCUGCUCGACGUCGGGCCGGCGCCCCUCCCCGUAGAGGCAGCAGGACGGCGACGCCCGACGCCCCCUCGGCCUCCCCUGCUCGACGCCGGGCGACGCGGGCCGACGCCCUCCCCGUCGUGGCCAGUAGGACGGCGGCGCUCGACGCCCCAUCCCCUCCCUGCUCGACGCUCCCUCGGCCCCCCCUGCUCCGUCGGCGCCUCGGAUUGGUACCUCGCCGUCCCGAUCCGUCUGAGGUCCGCGUCUUCCGAGUCUCUGGUGAGAAAUUUCUCAAGCUGCGCACCAGGAGGCAGGAGCUGGCACGUCUGGCCGCUGUUCGAUGCAGACGCGGUGGAUUUCUAUAAUCUGGAACUGAGCAGUACCAAUGUUAGAGAAGUCAGCUACCGACCUCCUGGAACUGAGCAAAACUUAUUGAAUCAAACUAGUCUCUCUCUCCGGGAGAAAAGUUUUGGUUUGAUAUUUGGACGGAGUGGGAGUGGAAAGACCACUCUUUUACAGCUUUUGGCCGGUCUGUCAGAACCUACCUCUGGUUCAAUUUGCAUUCAGAAGUAUGAUGAUAGUGGAAAUCCAAUGGGUCUGUCGGAAGUGUUAGCUUCUCAAAGAGUUGGUAUUGUAUUUCAGUUUCCUGAGAGGUACUUCUUAUCAGAUACUAUACUUGAAGAAGUUACAUUUGGAUGGCCAAGGCAAAAGGCAGACAUUCCUUUGAGGGAGCAACUCACUUUAAAACUUCAGAAUGCCAUUAACUCUGUUGGUCUAAGUGCCAUUUCCUUGGAUAAGGAUCCACAGUCCCUCAGUGGUGGGUUCAAGCGGCGACUUGCUUUGGCAAUUCAACUGGUUCAAACUCCUGAUUUAUUGUUGCUUGAUGAGCCUCUCGCUGGACUUGAUUGGAAAGCUCGGGCUGAUGUUGUGAAUCUCCUGAGGGACCUAAAGAAAGACCACACCAUACUGGUUGUAAGUCAUGACCUAAGAGAACUAUACCCGCUGGUAGACCGGUCCUGGAGAAUGGAAAUGGGGGGUGUUUUGAAGGAGGAACCUUUACCUGUAUAGAUUAACAUUUUUUUCCUCGGAAAAUUCAUAACGUUUUUUUGUGCGUGUGCAGCUGGAAUGCUGACCCAUUUGUUGUUGCAGUGAACAGGCUCAUAGCUAGCUAGGGAUCCUAAUGUAAUGUUUGUAAUGGUACAAGGCAAGUUGCAAAAUCUAUUAAGAGUGACUCCACACCUACUGGAUGUUUGUCAAUAAUAGCAUGAUGUUA